GGGGCGGGAGGGGAAGGAAGGGGGUUAAGUUAUUUUUUUAAAAACUGUGAGCUAGAGCUAAGGGCAUCGCGACCCAGGUGUCGCUGCUUCCCGCAACCGAGGGCUCGUGGCCCAGGUCCCUCCCUCCUCACGCCCCCACCCCUUCCGCCCUCCCCUCUGGAGCCUUGAGGCGCUUAAGAGGCGGCGGCGGCGGAUCGAGCGGCCGCUGCAGUCCCGGCGGCCGCGGAGAAGGAGAAGGGGAAGCACAAAGCCCGCUGCCCGAAGCGAGCUGCGAGAUAACAAGGGAGUCCGUCGACUUGAAGCAUGAGUUCAGAUGCCAGCCAAGGCGUGGUCACUACUCCUCCCCCUCCCAGCAUGCCUCACAAAGAGAGGUAUUUUGACCGCAUCAAUGAGAAUGACCCAGAAUACAUUCGAGAGAGGAACAUGUCUCCUGAUCUACGUCAGGACUUCAAUAUGAUGGAGCAGAGGAAACGAGUUACUCAGAUCUUGCAAAGUCCUGCCUUUCGGGAAGACCUGGAAUGCCUUAUCCAAGAACAGAUGAAGAAAGGCCACAACCCAACUGGAUUGCUGGCAUUACAGCAAAUCGCAGAUUACAUCACGACCAAUUCUUUCUCGGGCUUUACUUCCCCUCCUCUCAGUCUCGGAAUGGUCACACCUAUCAAUGACCUCCCUGGGGCAGACACGUCCUCCUACGUGAAGGGAGAGAAGCUUACUCGCUGUAAGCUUGCCAGCCUGUACAGACUCGUGGACUUGUUUGGAUGGGCACACCUGGCAAAUGCCUACAUCUCUGUAAGAAUAAGUAAGGAGCAAGACCACAUAAUAAUAAUUCCUAGAGGCCUGUCUUUUUCUGAAGCCACAGCCUCCAACUUGGUGAAGGUCAACAUCAUAGGAGAAGUGGUUGAUCAGGGAAGUACUAAUUUGAAAACUGACCAUACAGGCUUCAGUCCCCAUGCUGCGAUCUAUUCAACACGUCCUGAUGUUAAGUGUGUGAUACACAUCCAUACCCUUGAAACAGCAGCUGUAUCCUCCAUGAAGUGCGGGAUCCUUCCAAUUUCUCAAGAGUCCCUCUUGCUGGGAGAUGUUGCCUAUUAUGACUACCAAGGGUCACUUGAUGAACAGGAGGAGAGAAUUCAACUGCAGAAAGUUCUGGGGCCAAGUUGUAAGGUUCUGGUGCUCAGAAACCAUGGUGUGGUAGCCCUUGGAGAAACACUCGAGGAGGCUUUUCAUUAUAUAUUUAAUGUGCAGAUGGCCUGUGAGAUUCAGGUGAAGGCAUUAGCAGGGGCAGGUGGAGUAGACAAUUUGCUUGUGCUGGAUCUUCAAAAGUAUAAACCUUUCACUCAUGCUGUAGCAACAUCUGGAGGAGGAGGAGUGAAUAUGGGCUCCCAUCAAAAAUGGAAGGUUGGCGAGAUUGAGUUUGAAGGGCUUAUGAGGACUCUGGAUAAUUUGGGAUAUAGAACAGGCUAUGCUUAUAGGCAUCCACUCAUUCGAGAGAAGCCUAGGCACAAGAGUGAUGUGGAAAUCCCAGCAACUGUGACCGCUUUUUCCUUUGAGGAUGACACGGUGCCACUCUCUCCUCUCAAGUACAUGGCACAGAGACAGCAGCGUGAAAAAACCAGAUGGCUGAACUCACCAAAUACUUACAUGAAAGUGAACGUGCCCGAGGAGUCUCGGAAUGGGGAGACCAGUCCCAGGACCAAAAUCACAUGGAUGAGAGCAGAGGACUCUUCUAAAGUUAGUAGCGGAACACCUAUCAAAAUUGAAGAUCCAAAUCAGUUUGUUCCUUUAAACACAAACCCGAAUGAGGUACUAGAAAAGAGAAAUAAGAUUCGAGAACAAAACCGGUAUGACUUGAAAACAGCUGGACCACAAUCUCAGUUGCUUGCUGGAAUUGUUGUAGACAAGCCCCCUUCUACCAUGCAAUUUGAAGACGACGAUCAGGCCCCACCACCUCCUCCCAACCCCUUCAGUCAUCUCACGGAAGGAGAGCUUGAAGAGUAUAAGAAGACAAUCGAGCGUAAACAGCAAGGCCUGGAAGAUGCUGAACAGGAAUUACUCUCAGAUGACGCUUCAUCUGUUUCACAAAUUCAGUCUCAAACUCAGUCACCGCAAAAUAUCCCUGAAAAAUUAGAAGAAAACCAUGAGCUGUUUUCCAAGAGCUUCAUCUGCACGGAAGUGCCUGUCAUGGUGGUGAAUGGCAAGGAUGAUAUGCAUGACGUUGAAGAUGAGCUUGCGAAGCAAGUGAGUAGAUUAACUACAAGCACGACCAUAGAGAACAUCGAGAUUACCAUUAAGUCUCCAGAAAAAAUUGAAGAAGUCCUGUCACCCGAAGGCUCACCUUCAAAAUCACCAUCUAAGAAAAAGAAGAAGUUCCGUACUCCUUCUUUUUUGAAAAAGAACAAAAAAAAGGAGAAAGUUGAAGCCUAACUAAACUCUUUUUAUAAUUGUUACUAUUACAAUGUGACAUUGCACAUUUAAAUACCAUAUUUAGGUUGAUAAUUAAUAUGCAGUGGUAGAGAAGACUGGGGGUAUGUAGCAAACUGGACUUUAAGAACUGGAAAGAGAUUUUACUAAAAGAAAAACAUAUUAUGAAAAAAAUUUCAAAUUCAUCUCUCAUUUUAUAUGUCCAAAAAAGGUUUUGAAUUUUUAAACAAUUGCUAGUUUUAGUUAGCUCUGCCCUCAUGAAGUAUUGCUAUAAUUCACCACAAACAGAUAUCUGUCUGAAUUGCUUCAGGCCUUCUCCACAUAUCUGUUGGAAACAAAAUACCAGUGCACAAGUGAGAGAAUUUUUAUUUCUCAACAUGUGCUUCACUGAGUAAUCAGAUUAUAAUUUUUUACCACGAUUAUUGACUGUACCUUUUGGGUUCCCAUUGUUUCAGUGGGCAUUAACAGAACGCUUUAAAAGCUUCUAAGAAUCUAUAGCAUUAGUAUACACUGGCACAGAAUUUUUUUAAAGAAAUUUAAGAAAAGAUUCAUUUGGAAUUUUAUUCGUAGUAUAAAACUUCCUCACCUGAAGUAACUUUCUUUGCCAAAAAAAGAAAUCAUUUUAGUAAACUAUAAUUUUUGAAAACUUCCUUUUUUAUUAGUUGAGAAAGCCCCUUAUUUUUCAACAAAGGGGAUUUUGUACACGUAACAUGGGUUAUUUAGUUUAAUUCUGGCAAAAACGAUUUUUGUAUGUUGAGAUGUUUGUAUACCAUUCAAUAUAACAGCAUCAUAAGCACAUUAGCCAAUCAUAUAACAGUAGAGCAUAUUUGAAGCUGCUUGGUACUAAGUAUACUUCAGUAUAAUUAAAAAAUCCAGGGACUUGGUAUCAAAAGGGGAUUAGAGCAUUUCAAGGUAUACCUAGAUUCAUAUUUGAACCUUAUAAUGUAUUUUUCUCUUAGUAUUGCUAAUGAAUGAGGAAGGUCUGCUAACGUAAACAAGUGAAAGGGAAGAGAGAAAGUGAAAAAUGAAGGGAACAAAAUCAGUGUCAUGCCAAGAGCUCUAGUUUGAGGAAGACCCAUAGUCAUGACAGGAUUGGAAGCAUGGUUUAUUUGACACAUGUCCCAAAUUUCUAAAAUCUUGCUUCUCUGCCAAAAUCGUUGUAUUUCUUGGUUUCCCUUUAACUUCUCUAUCUUUAGAAGGCAACACUAGAAGAAAUCAGUGGGUCUAAUCCCCCGACGAGAACACCUACCACUUCUUGAUUUUUACAAAAUUUUCUUACCUUAUUUCAGUUAACUUUCUUUCUAAUGUAAAUACAAAUUUAAACCUAGACUUAAUAUAGUUUUUUUUCCCCCUUCACCCAAGUGAUGUCACAAAUCAAUGUAAAAUCGAUGAUCCGAAAUGGUCUGUGGGUAAAAGGAAUCCAAAGUGUUUCUGGAGGGUGUGUUGGCGUGUAAAAAUCACAUAACACAUCACACUGUGCUCUGGGGCUGGUUCUGUGUACAGCGGUGCAAAGUUGAAACAGAGCCUGGAAAUUUCAUUCUGGAUCUCACUAACUACUGGAAUCAGUGUUUUAAUCUCUUAGCAGAAACUUUCAGUUGCUCAAUUCUGUAUUUGAGGAUUUUUUUUUUUAUGUUCUACAUCAUUUAUGUUGUAUUACAAUGUAUGUAGAAACAGUAACCUGUGAACUAUGCUUUUCCAUAACUUUUUAAAUAUAUAUAUAUCUUAAAUGAAUGCAAUGUGCAUAAAUAUUUUUUAAACGCAACAGUGAACUAUUUGCACCUUUUGCUAAUGCCUCUAUUUACUUGCUUUGGCAUAAAGAAUGAGCCAAUGAACCUCUUGUGUCCUGUGGAAAAUGUAUAAAUGUUAUCUGAUAUUGCUCUUAGAUGUAAUGCUAAUUAAUGUUAAAUCACAAAUAAACAGUAUUUUAAAUAGA